GGAAACGCCCGCUGUGGGCGGAGCCACCCGAAAGGCUCCGGUCGGGGCGGGAACAGGAUCGGCCCGCGGGCUGGCGACGAUAGGCUGCCGCAGAGACAGGGCGGGCUCUGCUAAGGGACGCGCCUCGCCGUGGGGCGGUGCCUGCGCCUGAGCCUCUACGAGAGGGAGGGAACGCUGCUCCGAGCUCCGCGUCGACCUCAGAGGCGGGGCCGGAAGCGCUACGGUUUGACCCCCGAGUCCCUCUGUUCCCGAAGGGGCGGCCGUCUUUCUCCCGACCCGCUCCGCCUCCUCUCCUUCUUCCCCAUUACCCAGAGGCCGAAGCCCCCAGCCAGGGCGGGGCGGCGCAGCCCGAGCUCCCGGACCCGGAAGAAGCGCCAUCUCCCGCCUCCACCAUGGAGCCCACCGCACCGUCCCUCACCGAGGAGGACCUCACUGAAGUGAAGAAAGACGCCUUAGAAAAUUUACGUGUAUACCUGUGUGAGAAAAUCAUAGCUGAGAGACAUUUUGAUCAUCUACGUGCAAAAAAAAUACUCAGUAGAGAAGACACUGAAGAAAUUUCUUGUCGAACAUCAAGUAGAAAAAGGGCUGGAAAAUUGUUAGACUACUUACAGGAAAACCCAAAAGGUCUGGAUACCCUUGUUGAAUCUAUUCGGCGAGAAAAAACACAGAACUUCCUGAUACAGAAGAUUACAGAUGAAGUGCUGAAACUUAGAAAUAUAAAACUAGAACAUCUGAAAGGACUAAAAUGUAGCAGUUGUGAACCUUUUCCAGAUGGAGCCACGAACAACCUCUCCAGAUCAAAUUCAGAUGAGAGUAAUUUCUCUGAAAAACUGAGGGCAUCCACUGUCAUGUACCAUCCAGAAGGAGAAUCCAGCACGACGCCCUUUUUUUCUACUAAUUCUUCUCUGAAUUUGCCUGUUCUAGAAGUAGGCAGAACUGAAAAUACCAUCUUCUCUUCAACUACACUUCCCAGACCUGGGGACCCAGGGGCUCCUCCUUUGCCACCAGAUCUACAGUUAGAAGAAGAAGGAACUUGUGCAAACUCUAGUGAGAUGUUUCUUCCCUUAAGAUCACGUACUGUUUCACGACAAUGACACUUUAUUGCCUUUUAAUUUUUAAUGAUGACAAAAAAUGUUUUAAAGAAUAUGACUUUUUAUAAAACGGCUGUAAUCAUUUGUUUACAUUUGAUGCAUGUCUUUUAAAAUGCAAUGUAAGCAUACUUUGUAAAUAGGAUUUUUAGAAUUAAAAAAGCAUACUUCUAGGAUAGCUAACUGUAAAUCAUGUUGAUCAUGUACUUUUUAGUAAUUUCUUUUUUUCCUUUUUAAGGUCUUUCAGUAUUUUUUUAAAUAUUUUCUAUUUUAAGACUGAUUUUAAUAGGGAAUAUAUCUCUAUUUGAGAAUAGACCCUUACUGGGAAGAAUGUUUUUUCCUCAGUGCAUUUGUGCUAGAAAUUUUCAAGAGUCUUAAUAGUCUUUGCCAGUCAUUCAGUAGCAAAUUUUCAGCAUUAAGCUGUUCCUGUUCAGUAAUAAAACCGAUCACUGAUGGGAAAACUGCCAAUAUAGAAAAAUAAAAAUCUCUUUUCCACUCCAUUGUCGUAUAGGCACUUAAACAGCCUCUUUUUGAUACUGGAGGAACACUUGAUGGAGUGUGAGCCACCUAAGAUCUCAGUUUGCCAAAAUUCAUUUCUAAUUAACCUUACUAAUUAUACUACUUUGUUAGGAUUUUCACAUUCUUGGCUUAAUCAUUUUCAUUCCUAAAGAAAAAUAUCUUGGCCUAAACCUCAGUUAUUACAUGUAAUUUGAUGAGGUAUUUUUUCCUUUUUUCUUUUUCUUUUUUUUUUUUUGAGACAGUCUUGCUCUAUCGCCCAGGCUGGUGUGCAGUGGCACAUUCUAGGCUCACUGCAACUUCUGCCUCCCAUGCUUACAUGAUCCUCUCACCUCAGCCUCUCAAGUAAUAUAGCUGGGACUACAAGUGUGUGCCACCAUGCCUCACUAAUUUUUGUAUUAUUUUUGUAGAGACGGGGUUUUGCCAUGUUGGCCAGGCUGGUCUUGAACUCCUGGACUCAAGCAACCUACCCAGCGUGGCCUCCCAAAGUGCUGGGAUUACAGACAUGAGCCACCUCACCUAGCCUGAUGAGAUUUUUAAAAAAUAUUUUCUCUGUACUUUUCAUUCUCUUUUAAUGAGGACCAAUGUACAGUUGAAAUAACUGGAACAAAUUAUUUUUGGUGUGUGUGAAAAUUCUGUUUUUAAUGCUAUUUGAACAAGUGGGCCAUUAGCCAGAUUUGUCUUUUUGUUGUAAAACAAAAUUUGACUAAUUUUACAUGUUUAUAAAUCUUAUGCUCUCACUGUUUGUUUUUAUUUAAAUUACAAUUUUAUCUGUUUCCUGACAUUGUCUCCUAUAUAUUUCUAUUAUUAAUUGCAAAAACGUAGAAAUGGAAAUUUUGCUAUCAACAAUAAAAUUUUUUUAAAGUA